AACGAGUGGUGCGCACCACCGCCUAUUUUACAAUAUCUGGGGCAUCAAAACGAACGACCAGAGCCAUACGUGCCUGUGUACUGUAUAUACGUACUAAUCUAGCAGAGAGGAAAGGAGUAGCGUCUAUAGGAGAGAGAAUUACUCGGCCAUGGCCUACGCCACCGCCACCGCCACUAGCGGCCUCGCCUCGCCGGCGCUGGCAGACAGGAAGGCCCCGCUGCACCACCAGCAGGCCCCACACUCUGUUGGCCUCCCGAUGCUGCCGCCGCCACCCCACGUCACGUUGCCCGGCCGCCCACAGAAAGCUUCCUACUGUCGUAGGGUUGCAAGAAAUGAUAUGGCCAUGGCUACAGAAGAAUCAACCGCCGAAGUUGUGACUGAGCUCCCUGAAAUUGGAUUUGAAGUUGUGAAAUCCAUACAAGAUGCGUGGGACAAACUUGAGGACAAGUAUGCCGUGGCUUCCUUAGCAGUAGCCAGUGUUAUUGCACUCUGGGGCACAUCUGGAAUGAUCACGGCUAUUGAUAAGCUUCCUGUAGUUCCCGGAGUUCUUGAGCUUGUAGGAAUUGGCUACACAGGGUGGUUUGCAUAUCGUAACCUUGUCUUCAAGCCUGACAGGGAAGCUUUGUUUGGAAAAAUCAAAAGCAUCUACAGUGACAUAAUUGGAAGUAGCUAAUUGAGCGUCCACAGGUUAUGACAUAAUGCACCAAAUGCAAGUUUGAACAGAAUUUCAGUCAUAUCCAGUGAAACAAAUUAUUUUGCACAAGAGGAAAGCACCUGUAUUUCCAAACUCUUAUUCCAAGAUAUGCCAUAAACUUCUAACUUUACCAAAUAAUUAUCAUUCUGACUGAGCUCUGUUUUAAUUUGCUUCUGAUCAUUUAUUAUUAUCUACAUGCUAUUGUACUAUGUUUGGAUUAGCAGAAAGUUUAUUUUAGAAGAUAAAAUAAUAAUGUACUAUGAACUUCACUGAAGAUCCCUUAACAUGGGUUCAGUUAUGAUUACCUCCUCUUACUAUCUUUACAAUAA